GGGGGUCCAGCAGGAAUGCCUCUUGGGAACCUCAGGUACAGGCAAACGGAGGCCUUCUGGCCAGGGUGGAGGCGCAGCCCUUUGCCGCGCCUUGCGGAUCCAGAGCGGCAGCACGUGAGCCUCUCCAGCAGGCAGCACCACCUGGUUUUGAGAGGCAGAAUCUCUAAGGGUCAGGGCAGAGCCAAGAGGAGGAGGAAAGGCGGGCCACUGAAAGACUACAGAUGCUACCAGGGAGAAGUGGAGAAGACACGGAAGCUUCUCUCUGUUUUAAGCUUUGUACCUCCUGUCUCCUGCAGCCCCCAAGGCCGGCAUCAUGAUACCAUCUACUUUCGACAACUGUUAUGUCCAGACCCCUCCUGUGAGGUGUGUAAUGGCACAACAGCUGAGAUCAAUCGGCUGUUGUUCCCAGAGGCCCUGGAAGAUGCUACUCCCUUGGCUUCCAUAGCUCCUGUGACUGACUCAUCAUCCACUCUGUCCCCUGCCUUCUCAGCAGUCCCUCCAGGAGACCUAAUAUCAGCUUCCCUGUCUGAGCCUUCCCCACCACCUGCCUCCAACUUCUCACCUAACCCAGUGGCCCCCUUGACUGACUUAUUUCCACCCUCACCACCGGGUGAUUCUUUGCCACCAGAGCAUUUUCCUCCCUUGCAUUCCAAAUUCCCUAUGGACCAUUUCUCACCCCAGCCCCUUGCCUUUCCCCCAGUCCCACCACAUGACGCUCAGACAGUGGAUUCUCUUGUCCAACCAGAGGCCAACUUGUCUCUGAAUACCAUCUUCAACCCCUUACCAGAGCACUCCCAAACAACAAAUCCCACUGAUUCAUCUGCUUGUCCCCAAGCAUCACCAACCCUGUCUGUAUCACCACCAGACCGCAGUAUAACUGCAACUCAGUCUAAGUCAUUUUCCAUCACAGUGAAGCCUGUUCCAGAGAGCUCAUCUGCAGAUAGCCCUGGUGGGUUAUCUACUUAUGUCACAACGAACACAGGUAUUGACCACUCUAGCUUGUCAAUUUCAGACUCCCCUCGGUGGCAAACUCAUGCCAGAGACUUUUUCCCUUCAACCUUGGCUCCAUGUCACUUCCCUCAAGAGUUUCUGGCCCUCCAUUCUUCAGAGGCUUCUUCCAGGGGUGACCCUGCAGCCAACUUUACAGAGCCUGGUAACCUCUCACUUCUCAGCCCCGAUAUCCUGGCCCUGCUGGAGAAACAAGUCCAAAAGAAGAGUGACCUCCUGAUGUGGAAGGACAUGAAAGGGGGUUCUUCUCUUCCAAAAAACCUUAAGCCAGACUACCCACCAAAUUCAUUGGGGAAAAUGCUGGGGUCAAUAGCUUAUAAGCCUGACCUGUCAGACUUGCUUCCUAUCUGGAGCAGCAAAGACCAAUCAAAGGAGAUGCCUGUGCAUCAGCAGCCCCCAUAUUCUACAAACUUAGAGGAAGGCCAUUUACAGCAAACCUCUAUCCAGCUCUUCUGGGGUCUCCCAACUCUGCAUAGUGAGUCCUUGUCCUCUGCUGCCCGUGAUUCGGAUGAUUGUUCCUCAAUCUUUAUUUUCAGUAGGAUCUCGAAUACCUCCACAGGCCAGGAAUCUCCAGUAGUUCCCCAUCCAUCUCCUCUACCGUUACCUGAGAACCAGUCCCAACCUAUCCCUCAGAUCCAGCCCCAAAUCCAUCUUAAAUCUCCACUCCCAAUCCUGCCAUCUGGUCCUCUACCCCAGAUUAAGAUCUGUGGAGUGUGUUUUCACAGACCCCAGCACAAAUCAGAGCCUCUCCUAUCCUCUGAAAUGCAAAGGUUGGAAUGGAAUGUGUUGCAGAAGCAACAGGAAAGUGUGUGGGGUUUACCCCCUGUGGUCCAAAGAUCCAACAAGGACUUUUGUCCUUCAGCUCCUGACCGUUCUAUUAAACGUCCGGCCUUCCAGGCCCGUGUUGCAAUCUCUAUCCUUCCUGGGCAGUUUCCUCUCAGUGAAGAGCUUCGAAAGGAGCUAGAGCAUCACCUUAGAAAAAGGCUCAUCCAACAUCGGUGGGGUCUGCCCCGCAGGAUCUAUGAAUCUGUGUCACUGAUGAUGCCUCCGAGUGAUUCUUCAGAGACACCUAAGUGCCAGCGCUUUCGUGGACGCACAUGGAUCUCUAAGAGUCACAGUAACCUGAGUGAAUCUGAAAGCUAUGAGCAGGAUUCAGAAUUGCUUCAGCUACGGAACAUUGACAUGGGGAAAGAUCAGGGACACAACCCAGGGAGUGGCCCCAAAGAUCAUCUGUUGAGUCAGAACUCUUCAGAUAACGAUCUAGGGUAUGAUUCUGAGAAGGAAUUUAGGAGCCCAUCAGAGAAAAAUCCAAUGUCUUUGGACACUGCAGGUCAGAGACAACUUGAAAAUGUCCUGAAAAUACACUUGAGCAAAAAGUUUGAGGAAAUCAAUGAGGGUCGGCUCCCUGGGACUGUGCAUAAUUCAUGGCAUACUAUGAAGCAGAUGUUGCUUCUUUCGAAGAAAUCCCACACUGAAAUAAAACAGAGAAGUUUGCCACCAUCAGUGGGUGAAGACUACACCCUGAAUACCUUCCAGGAGCUUAGCUUUGUUGAAUCUAGUGCACAAGAAAUGCUGGAAGCCCAUAUUAGAAGGUUUUGUAUGAGGAUGAUAUGGGGUCUACCCCCCAGGGUCCUUGAAUCCAUACAGCUCUUUAAAUUGAGAGAAGCCUCAACUCAUUCUAGCUUUUGUUCCUCAACAAACCUGAUUUCUGAGGUAAAUUCUAAAUCUCUCCUUGGAGACAAGGCAGCAAUAGCAAACUCAGGCCCCAUCCUGGAUCGUCCUCUCCCUGCCACCUCAACUAUGGGUGAGGGAGAACAGAGAAUCCCAAGGGGAUCACCCUCUCAUAUCAACCAUGAGCUUGCAGAGGAUGUUCAGAGAAUUAAGGAAGGAAGACAGACUUUUCUACCUAUCAGACAUGACACCACAGGCAGAGCAAGUCAGAGACAGACUCUCCCAGCCAACAGAUGGCCCCCAACACAGACUGCAAGGGAAGCUGGGGCCGGGCAUGAGCCCAAGGAUAAGCGUGCAUAUUCCAGUGGGAGAGUAGAAAUGCAACAAGGCAGAAAGAUACCUGUCAUUAUGCCCACAGUGUCCAGAGAGAUAUUCAGGGCCAAGGAACUUGAUGCUCGUCAAUCGCGAUCUAAUGAUACCUUGACAACCAGCAAGCUACAUGUGAAUCAGAACAAAAUCAGAAGUACUGUUCCCAUUCAAAGCCCCUCCCAAAACAUAUCAAUUCUGCAAGAUCCUAAAUCAUCAAAACUUAAAGAACAACUCUUGUCUGAGUUAAAGCUUAAACUGGAGAACAGGGAGUAUAGCCGGGUCCACGGCCAAUGCACUGGCCUGCCCGCUGCCUCAAAUAGUUUGACUUACAAGGUCUCACUGACUCAUGCCCACAGUAUCAUCAGUGGAGGCAUAGGAGCUUCCCAGGUGCUGCGUGUCCAUCCGGAGGACACCAAAGUCAGUAUGGAACAGCAGCAGGACCCUUGGGUCUCUAAGCAUGUCUUAAGGGAGCACCAGAAUAAGAAUCCCCCACCAGCUGCAGUGACUGUGAGCCCUCUAGGCUCCAAAGCAGAAGAGCUUGGUGGAUGGGAUGCAGAAUUCGGAACAUCCCAACUUAGAAAGAAGAGUUUCCCUAGGGAGGAUGUGGCAUUGAAGAAGAGUUUCCCUACUCAGGAUGUGGGAUGGAAGAAGCAUGAAAGCAAGCCUUCCCAAACCCUAUCACAGAAGGGUCAGCCUCGUCCUGAAAGCCUUUUCAGAGAAAAAAUGAAUCCCUUUUUGCAAUGGCUUAAUCCUGGGAUAAAAUGCAAAAGGCAAAACUCCCAGGUAAAGGGCACCCCCCAAUCAUCUGUGGAAAGCCGAGGCCUAGUUAAAGGUAGAACUGCCUUUACUGGGAUGACCAAAGAUCAGAAAAUCAUGACAGAUGGUGGGAAGGUUCUAGAGGAGGAAAUGGGGUGCAGGCAUGCAAUAGAUAUCACCUGCCCUCAACAGCCCCUACCCUCCCCAACCAAGUUAGGGAAAACUCAGCCAAAAGCACAAGUACAGGCCCAGGCACAGUCUGUCCAGGGGCAUCCUUUCAACCACAGGACUCCCUCCUGUAAAGAGACAGAUACCAAGUCCUGCCACCAAGAAGCUGUCUUUGGUGGCCAAGGUCAUUUUAGAAGUAUUGGACAGAUCAGAGAGAAGGAGAGAUGCCCCCAUAAAGCUGUGGCAUUUAAGGACCAGCUGUUGUGUCAGAAGUAUCCCCUAUCCAUGCCCCACAGGGAGCCUGUGUCCCACCCAACCCCCACCAGCAGGCAUCCAGGUGGCCAGGGUCCUCCGGCCAAUCUCUUGGCUGCUAAAAGCUCUGUGUUCAGAGGUCUGUCUCUGCUCUUUAGACAUAAAACUUUUCUCCAGAAUCUCCAGGGCGGGAAGACUUCCCACCCCCAAACAAUCCCCUAUGAAUAUUGAUACUCUCCAAUAAAUAAUUCUCUAACA